AUCUUCUUUUGUUCCUUUCCUACUAACACUCGUCUUUUGCGCCGGCGCCGUUGAAUUUGCACUAUGCGACAGGAGCGGAGCGAGCGAGAGAGUUAUUGAAAUAAAGUUCCUAACAUAACCCCUCGCUAUGAAGAGGUACAUAUAACCUUAAUUCCUCAGCAGGAGACUCUUCCUUAGGAAGUGGUAAUCGGCAUCAGUUAUUAAUACCACCAAAUUCAGCUAAAUAUUCCUUGCUCCAUCUCUCCCAAAAGUGUUGCUUCAACUGUUGUACCGUGACAUUCUAUUGUCUUGAUUAAUUUUCUGAUGAUGAAAUUAGGUGAUUUCAUCAACAAUCCAGUGCCUCAAUGAACCUAUAAAAGAUUAAUUGAAAAGAAAACAAUUUAAUUUUAUUAUUUUUUAAAUAAAGUAUCACUUUUUAUAACUUCAACUUGCAUUUUUAUUUCAACGAUUAUCUAAGGAAUCGCAAUUUAUGACAAAUGACGUUUAACGAAUAAUUAAAGAGAAGAAGAAUUUAUUUCAUAUAGGUUACAAACAAAAAUUAAUUUCAUUUAUUCAUUCUACACAAUGGAAAUUUAGAAAGAAAUGGAUGUCCAAAAUGUUAAAAAAUGGAUAAUUACGAUGGUUUUCUUUGUAAAAUGGGGAAAUAAAUAGUAUACAUACAAUCAACCAAGAAUUAGUUGGAUAUUCGAAAAUUAUACUGUUGGAACCAAAACAAGAAGAAACUGUUUAAAUAAUAGCAAUGUUAGAAACUAACUCAAUUUUUUUCCAAGUUUAUUCAAAACAUUUUUUUCAACUAAUGGAUUGUUAGCUUAGUAUUUAAUUUGUCUAUGAAGGAUUUUAAUUUGGGUAAAUAGUCUUAUCAGUGAAAAAAUAAGAAGAAUUCAAGAUGGCAGCUUGAACAAUGUACAACAACAAAAUUAAUCUCGUAAUGUAGUAGAAAUAAUAAAAUAGAACUGUAAUAAUAAAUUUUACAAUGGAAGUAAAACGAGAACCAGAAAAUUGUUCCACAGAAGAGGAGAAGAUUGAUAUCAAAAAAAGUAGUUUUCCGAAUUUAAUUGUUGAUAAAAGUAAUAUUAUACAACAAUGUAAUAUUAAAAUCGAGUCGGUUUCAAUAAAGCAGGAAAACGACACGUAUAAUUUAGAACAGAACGAGAUUAUUGAUGGCAAAGAACCAAAGUUCGACUUGGUUAAAAUAAAUGAUAAAAAAUUGAGAUUGGGGUUAUUAAAAAAUGGAAAACGCCUAAAUCCAAAUAGUAUUGCUAGAUUUAUGAUCUGUGGGUUUUGUGGAAAUUUAUAUACGAAACAAGUAGAAUUUCAUUGCCAUUUUUCAACAAAUCAUUUUAUAAAAGAAAAUAAAUUAUAUUAUAAGACUAAAUUUAACCACAAAAAUAGAAGUUAUACUAAAAAACGAACUAAAAUUCCUAGAAAUCUUGAUGAAGAUAUUAAAAAUGAUAUUAAUAUGGCAGAAAAUGCAUUGAAUUCAAGGAUGCAGGGAACUGGGAAUGUAUUCAAUGUGACAAUUAACUCAAAUAGAUAUUUGUAUAUUAACACUGGUGAAAAGCCAUUCACAUGUGACAUUUGUUUGAAAUCCUUCUCAAAGAAAUAUAAUUUAACAACACAUUUACUUUGUCAUACUGGAGAAAGGCCUUUCAAAUGUGACAUUUGUUUGAAAACCUUUUCACUGAAAUCUAAUUUAAAUGCGCAUUUACGUGGUCAUACAGGAAUAAAACCAUUCAAAUGUGAUAUUUGUCUCAAAUCGUUUAUGACAAAACAAUUACUAGAGAGGCAUUUGUUUUGUCACACAGGCGAAAAACCAUUUAAAUGUUUAAUUUGUUCAAAAUCAUUUUCAAAGAAAUGUAAUUUGAAAACACAUUCAAUCAGUCAUACUGGAGACAAGCCCUUCAAAUGUGACAUUUGUUCAAAAACUUUUCCAGUGAAAAGGGAUUUAAAUAAACAUUUAUUUAGUCACACUGGUGUGAAACCAUUUGAAUGUGAGAUUUGCUUGAAAACUUUUUUACAUAAAACUAGUUUAAUGACACAUUUGCGUUAUCAUACAGGAGAGAAACCUUACAGAUGUGACAUAUGCUCAAAAGUAUAUUCAGAAAAAGUAUGUUUAACAAGACAUUUGCGUAGACACACAGGAGAGAAACCAUUUAAAUGUGAUAUUUGCUCAAAAUGUUUUUCAUGGAAAACUAGUUUAAUCACACAUUUGCGUAGUCACACAGGAGAAAAACCAUAUAAAUGCGACAUUUGCUUGAAAACUUUUUCGUGGAAAACUAGUUUAAUUGGACAUUCUCAUAGUCAUACUGGAGAAAAGCCAUACAAAUGUGACGUAUGUUCGAAAACUUUUCCACUGAAAAAUAGUUUGAAUACACAUUUGCGUAGUCACACAGGAGAGAAACCAUUCAAAUGUGACAUUUGCUCAAAAACUUUCCCACUGAAAAGCAGAUUGAAAAUCCAUUUUCGUAGUCACACUGGAGAAGAACCAUUCAAAUGUGACAUCUGCUUUAAAUCAUUUUCACAAAAAUGUAAUUUGAAUACACAUUUGCGUGGUCAUACAGGAGAAAAACCAUUCAAAUGUGACAUUUGUUUGAAAACUUUCAAAUUAAAAGGUAGUUUGAAUACUCAUUUCCGAAAUCACACCGGAGAGAAACCAUUCAAAUGUGACAUCUGUUCGAAAAGUUUUCCUCUGAAACAUAGUCUUAAUAUGCAUUUGCACAGUCACAUAGGAGGCGAACCAUUCAAAUGUGAUAUUUGUCUUAAACCUUUUUCACAGAGAUGUAAUUUAAAUACACAUCUACGAACUCAUACAGGAGAAAAGCCAUUCAAAUGUGACAUUUGCACCAAAUCUUUUUUAACAAAACAAAGUUUGGAAAGACAUUUGAUUUGUCAUAGAAACUAAAAUGAGACAAAUAUUAGAGUAUAAGAAACUUUUUCAUAUUUAGAAGACCACUGCAGGUAUUUUUUUCCUAAACAACUCUGUACAUUCCACCUAUUGUUUUUAUUAGUUGAACUAAUUUUCAAUUUAUUUUUUUGAAUUGAAAUAUUAAGUAGAUACUAAUGAAAUAUUAAAUAUAUUUUUUUAUCGAACCUGAAACCAAGUCACAUGCUCUUCCUACAGUACUUGUAUUAUUUGUUGACUUUUUAUAAUGAUACCAAAAUUAUUUAUUCUAUAUUUGUUAAUGUUGAUUUAUUACGUGUAUUCAAUUAUUACAACUAAAUGUUGGAAAACAUUAAAUUAUAUCACAAGCGAAAA